UUUCCAAAGCUGCGCAGGGUGACGCUUCAGGCGGUGUAAGUAAGGAUCUGUCCACCGCUUUAUCCGGUAAGAAAGACCGUGACGACUGUUGGAUACGAUGGCGGCAGCGGCUACUGGAGGAACGGUUACCGGGGGUCCGACGACUGGCCAGGCAGGCGGGAGCACGUCGAUCGGCAAGAAGAAAGACGGCGGCCCGUCGGCGAAGUUUUGGGAGAGUUCAGAUACGGUGUUUCAGAUGGACGCGGUGCGUCAGUGGAUUAUGAAGCAUUACAAAAAGUAUGUCCAGACGGACUCCCCCUCCAACAAGUCCUUGGCUGGCUUGGUCAUGCAGUUGCUGCAGUUUCAGGAGGAUGCCUUUGGGAGGAAGAUGAACAACCCCGCCCUCACCAAACUGCCCAACAAGUGUUUCCUGGACUUCAAGCCUGGAGGUGCUCUGUGUCACAUCCUGGGCUCCGUUUACAAGUUCAAGAGUGAGCAAGGCUGGCGCAGAUUCGACUUCCAGAACCCUUCCAGGAUGGACAGGAACGUGGAGAUGUUCAUGACUGUGGAGAAGGCCCUCGUGCAGAACAACUGUCUGACACGGCCUGUUGUGUUCCUGACUCCGGACAUCGAGCAGAAGCAGGCGGCUAAGCUCAGGGACGUCAUCAAAAGACACCAGGGCUCAAUCACAGAGGAGAAGACCAAAGCCACGCAUGUCAUUUAUCCCUCUCCUGCCUCCCUCGAUGAAGAGGAGUGGCUGCGUCCUGUCAUGCGUAAAGAGAAACAGGUGCUGGUGCACUGGGGGAUGUUCCCUGACAGCUAUGACACGUGGGUGUCCUCCAGCGAGGUGGAGGCAGAUGUGGAAGACCCCCCAGGCGCCGAGAAGCCCUGGAAGGUUCACGCCAGGUGGGUCCUUGACACCGAUGCCUUCAAUGAGUGGAUGAAUGAGGAAGAUUAUGAGCUGGAUGAGAACAAGAAGCCUGUGAGCUCCCGCCAACGCAUCUUCCCACGUGAGGAAGAGUCUUCCCGUACACCUGAUCGCAAGGACCGCAAGGCGGCCAGCGGCAGCAAGAAGAGGAGGCGGUCUCCGUCGCCCCAGGCCACGCCCACUGAAUCCCGCAAGAAGGGGAACAAGAAGGGGACCCCUGGGCAGUACUACAAGCGCAGAGGCCACCGGGGAGAGGAGGAGGAGCCAGAGGAGGACCUGACCAAAGACAUGGAGGACCCCACUCCCGUCCCCAACAUGGAGGAGGUCAUCCUGCCCAAGAACGUGAAUCUGAAGAAGGACAGUGAGAACACGCCGGUGAAGGGCGGCACCAUGACAGACCUGGACGAACAGGAGGACGACUCCUUGCUCACUGGGGGGAAGGAGGACGAGGAACCGGGGAAGAUGGAGAUGAACCGGCUGUUGGACUCGGGCGAGGACAAUGUGACGGAACAGACCCACCACAUCAUCAUCCCCAGCUACGCGGCAUGGUUCGACUAUAACUGCAUCCAUGAGAUCGAGAGGCGUGCCCUCCCUGAGUUCUUCAACGGCAAGAACAAGUCCAAGACUCCAGAGAUAUACCUGGCUUAUCGUAACUUCAUGAUUGACACCUACCGCCUGAACCCCCAGGAGUACCUCACCUCCACUUCCUGCCGCAGGAACUUGACCGGAGAUGUGUGCGCCAUCAUGAGAGUACAUGCAUUUCUGGAGCAGUGGGGGUUGGUGAACUACCAGGUGGACGCAGAGAGCCGACCCCUCCCCAUGGGCCCCCCGCCCACCCCUCACUUCAACGUGCUGGCGGACACUCCCUCGGGAUUGGUGCCCCUCCUCCAUCGGCCGUCUCAGAUCCCAGCCUCGCAGCAGAUGCUCAGCUUCCCAGAGAAGACCAAGGAGAAGCCGAUGGACCUGCAGAACUUUGGGCUGCGUACCGACAUCUAUGCCCGGAAAAACCCCAAGAGCAAAGGUGCCAGUGCUGGGCGGGAGUGGACAGAGCAGGAGACCCUGCUGCUGCUGGAGGCCCUGGAGAUGUACAAGGAUGACUGGAACAAGGUGUCGGAGCACGUGGGGAGCCGCACGCAGGACGAGUGCAUCCUGCAUUUCCUGCGGCUGCCCAUCGAGGACCCGUACCUGGAGAACUCAGACGCCUCGCUGGGCCCACUAGCCUACCAGCCGGUGCCCUUCAGCCAGUCGGGGAACCCCGUCAUGAGCACCGUGGCCUUCCUGGCGUCCGUGGUGGACCCCCGCGUGGCCGCGGCGGCGGCAAAGGCUGCCCUGGAGGAGUUCUCGCGGGUCAGGGAGGAGGUCCCCUCCGAACUGGUGGAGGCCCACGUGAAGAAAGUGCAGGAGUCGAUGCGGAGCACGGGCAAGCUGGAGCCUGCCUUCGGGCUGGAGAGCAGCGGCAUCGCCGGCACGGCCCCCGACGAGCCUGAGAAGCCGGAAGGAGCAGAUGCUGAGAAGAUGGAGACUGAUGCUGAAGCCCAGCAGACUGAAAAGGUCGAGGACAAGGACAAAGAGGAGGCUGACAAGCCAGGUGAUUCUGCAGAGCGCCCCCCAGAGAGCGAGAAGAUGAAGAGCGAGGGGGCAGAGGCGGCAGACAGACAGCAGGAGGAUGGCGAGGGGACGGAGGAAAGCAAGACGGACAAGGAUAAGGAGGAGAGUAUGGAGGUCGGAGAUGGUUCCAAGGAGCCGGAGGGUGAGGAAGGUGUGAGGAAGGCGGACCCCGAAGUGAGCGAGAGAAACAUCGCCACCGCAGCCGCCGCCGCUCUGGCCUCUGCGGCCACCAAGGCCAAGCACCUGGCUGCCGUGGAAGAGCGGAAGAUCAAAUCUCUGGUGGCCCUGCUGGUGGAAACUCAGAUGAAGAAGCUGGAGAUCAAGCUGAGGCACUUUGAGGAGCUUGAGACCAUCAUGGACCGUGAGAAGGAAGCGCUGGAGCAGCAGAGGCAGCAGCUGCUGUCAGAGCGACAGGCCUUCCACAUGGAGCAGCUGAAGUAUGCGGAGAUGAAGGCACGUCAGCAGAUUGACCAGCAGAAGGCUGCGGGCCACCACGGCCCCCCUGCUGGUAUGCAUGGGCCCCCACCCCAGGGCUACAACCCCAUGCAUCACCCCAUGGGGUCCCACCACCCUCCACAGACAGGUGCCAUGGGGGGGCCCGGUCAGCCUUUGCCAGGCCGCAUGAUGCCUGUAGCCCCUCCACCAUCCAACAUGCCCCCCAUGAUGGGUGCCAUGCACCCAGGAGCCCCCAAUGGCAUGUACCCAGCCCCUCCCCCUACACAGCCUGAUGGGAUGUCCUCUGGCCCCGUGGGACCACCAGUAACUGGAGCAGCUCGUGUGCAAGCAGAAAAUUGAACCUCAUAAAAAGAAUAAUAAUAAUAAAACACUGAACCACACUUCCCCUAAACACACACACACACACGCACACACACACACACACACACACACACACACACUAAAGGACGUCAAUUGGCACAUUCCCACCAUCGGGGGGCAGCCACGAGGCCACAUGGCAGGUCCUCUGUCCUGUCCUCACCAGACACUUGUGCUUUACUCAGUACACAAGUAAUUUGGACUCUCUCUCCCCUUGCUGGCCAGCCUUCAUGGCUGUGGCCUCUCGCUUAUUCUCUAUUCCUUUCUCACCACAUUUUUCCUGAGUUUUUCAUGUGUGUGCUUGCACGUUGUCUUCUCCCCAGUCCUCGUGGCCUUCCUCACUGAGCAUCUACCUCUGAAUCCCACCGUUGGCUACUUGAGGGCGCCCACUGCUGGUGAGGGCCUGUUGGUGCUUUCGGGUGGCGAGGUCACUCUGCUGUCCCUGCAGCUGUUAGUGUCUGAGGGGUUCCCGCUCCUGCUGUUGGUAUGUGUGGACCACAAACCCUUUCUGCCCCCUGCAGGAUGCCGUAUCACUGAAGCAUUUGGACCAAACAUCUGUCUUCAGGGCUGUGGGCCACUUAGCCUCUGAAUCCCAAAUUGAUUUAUUUGUUUUGUUGGACUGUCUCUUAGCCUACCUCUAAACUGGAGUAGCUGCCAUUGCCCUUAAAGCACAGGCAACAGUAAGAACUUUUCCUCUGUAAUCGCACCAUUAAUCCCACAAUUCCCUUGGAUUGCAGUGUGUUUCCUAAGUGAGAUUGCAGUGGGUGGCACUGUGCUCUGUCCCACCAUCGUGAUUUUCUCACUGCCAUGUGAGCUGAUUAUCCCCCCCCCCCCACACACACACACAACAAAGAGCUACCAAUGUCCUGCCCUUUAGAGGUUGCUGUCAUGGGGUCCUGACCUGCAUAUGCCACGUGCUUUUUAUUUCCAUGUGCUGUAUUUUAUUAUUAUGGUUAUUGUUGUUUUUUUAAGCAAUGUCUCUUUUGUUGGUUCGUUCAGUGUUUGUAGUUCGAUGUUAAAUUGGUACCGAGACUGGCACUGUUGAAUAAACGUUUUAUAUUAACUGA